AUGAGCGACGUGAACGCGCGCCUCGCCCUCGCGGUGAGCACGAUAGCGUUCGGAUACUUCCUUCGCAAGAUCGGCCUCGUGGACAUCGACGUCGGGAAAGCCCUGCUCAAGGUCCUGUUCAACGCGACGCUGCCCUCGGUGCUCCUCGUCGUCUUCGCGUCCCUCACGUUCGACGCGCAGUCCGCGUCCGUGGCCGCGUGCGCGCUCGCGCAAGCCGGCGUCCUGUUCCUCGCGCACUUCGCGUUUCGAGGCGGCGGAAGAGAACCGAAAGACUUGGCGCUCAUGACCGGGUCCACGGUCGGCGUGAACCUGGGAACGUUCUGCUACCCCCUCGUCGACGCGGUGUGGGGCGCGGAGGGUCUCACGCGCUUGGUCCUCUUCGACGCCGUGAAUCAGUGGUCGCUGCUCGUCUUCGCGCCGCUCUUGUACGCCUCCGCGGUCGCGGGGAAGUCGUUCUCCCCGCCCGCGGCGCUCGCGAACGUGGGCAAGCAGCUCACGAGCCCGUGCAUGCUCGCGCUCUUCGUCGGCGUCGCGCUGCAAGUCCUCGGGUGGUCCCUCCCGUCGCCGGUGGUGGCGUUCACGUCCUCGCUCGCGGCGGCGAACAAGCCGCUCGCGCUGCUCGCGCUCGGGAUCCUGUUCGAUCCGGUGUUGAGACCCGGCCAGCUGCGCGACAUCGCGUCGUUGUUAUGUCUCAGAUACGGCGCCUCCCUCCUCCUCGGCGCCGCGGUGUUAUUCACGACCGCGAGCGCGAUGGGCGGCGCGUGCGCGGGCGUCGUCCUCGCCGCGUUGAUCUCCCCGGUGCCGCUGCUCACGGUGACGUUCGCGAUCGAGUACGGAUGCGACAUCGGCCUCGGCGCGAGCGCGGUGAACCUCGCGAACGUGUGCUCGUUCGCUCUGCUUCUUAUCGUCGCGAACGCGGACUUCGCGAGCCCGGCCGCGCUCGCGCCGAGGGUGUUCGCGGCGGGCGUCGCGCUCGCGGCUUUGGGCGCGGCGGGCGCGAGGAGGACGAGACGCGCGGACGAGACGCCGACGCCCGCGGCGGCGAGCGCGAGCGCGGCGGCGCGCGCGGAGCGUUUUCCGAGGCGAAGGACGGUCGUCGUCGGGACGGUCGCGGGAGCGAUCGAGUCGCGGCGCGGAAGAGUCCCGAGUCUGGUUUUGAAACCGGGAGUGCGAACGGUUCGGGGACGGUUUCACGCGGCGGCGGCCGUCGCGCGUUCGCGGGAAGGGAACGUCGGGACGCGCGCGUCAUUCGCCGCCGUCGCGAGGGGGGGGAUAUUCGUAGGGUGA